CCCUAUUGUCAGUGAUCCCGGAAGUUCCCGAGUCGCCGGUUUCCGCCGGAAAAGGUACCGUCAGGUCCAGACGGGUCUGUCUUCUUUCUGUCUCUUUCGGUAUCGUUCAACUGAUCCGGUACAGAACCGGACCGGAACCGACACUGUACGAUAAACUCCUGUCCGGUUUUGUCUGUAGGUGCUGCCUCUCGAUGCAGAUGCUCCGGGUGAAAUGAAUAAGGCACCUCAGCCUCUGUCAGGACCCCCCUCCGCCCCGCUUCCCGCGCCCUCCCCGGGUCUGUCCCAGCCCAGUUUUCCUCCUGCUCCGGUUGUGUUCGGCACCCCUCCACCACAGAUGAACCCCGCCGCUCAACCCCGACAGUUUGCCUCAGGUCCUAGAGCUUUACCACAACAGGGAGGAUUCAGGUCACUGCAGCCGUACCAGUAUACCAGUCGGCCCAAUUUACCCGCCAAUUCUGGGCGUGUCCAGUCAAGCCCCGCCCCUCGGUCCAUCCCCCCUCCGCACGGGCCCCCCCGCCCCCCUCACGUGUUCCAGCCUGGCCCCUCCCAGAUGAUGAUGAUUCCCCAGCAACAAAUCAGCUUCCCCAAUUCACAAGGCACGGCUUACUAUAUAUCUAACCAGUACCGUCCCUCAUAUGUGACUCCUCAGCAGUAUCAGGUGGCCGGUUCUCCUGGUUUCUAUCCCGGCACAAGUCCAGCUGAUUACGCUGGGGCGUAUUACCCCGCCCAGGCCCAGUUCACGCCCCCUGUUGCUCCGGCGCCCGUCAUCAUAAACCCCGCCCCCCAGCAGCAACAGGCCCCGCCCCCUCAACAGCAGCAAGCUCCGCCCAGACGUGAACGAAAGCAGAUCAGGAUCAGAGACCCUAAUCAGGGAGGACGUGACAUCACAGAAGAGAUCAUGUCAGGAGGUCGCAGCGGCUCCACGCCCACGCCUCCACAGCCCAACGGUGACAACCCUACACCUGCAGUCGCCAUGACAACCAGACUGGAGUUUCCCAUUCCUCCAGGCGAAAGCCCGAUACCUGAUGCCCCGCUGACUCCGCCCCCUACCAGUCAGAUAAGCGAUACGGUAGAUGCUCCGCCCCCAGCGCCGGCAGACGACACCCACGCAAUGCUCACUGUGUUGGAACCACCCGCCUGGAACAGUGCUGAAGCCACACCCACUGUAAACAAGGAGGAGGGGCCUGUGACUGUAACUCUGCCUGUUGCCGCCCACCGGGCGGAGCCUUCGCUGGAAUCACCAAUAGUGCAGCCCGAAGAGCUCCAGCUGUUUAACGGUGUCCCGACAGGCUCCGCCCACAGAGACGUCAGUCCUAUCGCCGAGCCAGAUGUUGCAAAAGAAGCGCCGCUGGUUACAGCCGAUACUUCUGAUAGGACUGUGAAAGAAAUCCCUCCUCAGGUCGUCAAGGAGUCUCCUGUUGCGGUUGUUAAGGAAGAGCCAGCUCCUGUUGUCAAGGAGCCCACUCCUCCAGUUGUCAAGGAGACCCCCGCUCCUGUUGUCAAGGAGAUGGCUGCUCCUGUCGUCAAGGAGACAGCUAUUCCUGUUGUCAAGAAGAUCACGGCUCCUGUCAUCAAGGAGAUCCCUACCCCUGUCGUCAAGGAGACAGCUGCUCCUGUUGUCAAGGAGACCCCCUCUCCUAUCGUCAAGGAGACCCCUGCUCCUGUCGUCAAGGAGACCCCUGCUCCUGUCGUCAAGGAGACCCCUGCUCCUGUCGUCAAGGAGACCCCCACUCCUGUCGUCAAGGCGACUGUCCCUGUGGUUGCCAAGGAAACACCUACACCUGUUGAUGCGGAAAACCUUCCGCAGAUCACCCAGGAGGCUGUUGUCAAGGGAAUUCCUGUUGUCAAGGAAAUUUCUGUUUUCAAGGAAAUUCCUGUUGUCAAGGAGACUCCUGUCGUCGAGGAAACACCUUCACUUGCUGCCAAGGAAACCCCCGAAGCCACUGCCCGUUCAGAGGUCAUGUCUAAAGCCACGCCCCCUUCGAUGGAAGGGCGGGAGGACACGCCCACUACACAGGCCACUCCCUCUGAGAGUUCUAUGCAAGCGGUUUCUGUGCCAAAGAAAAAGAGAAAAAUGAAAGACCUGAACAAGAAGGAGGCGGGAGAUCUGCUUGAUGCCUUUAAAGAGCCCACGCCACCUGAGCCAGAGGCCACACCCCCAGAGAAGGCGGAGCCAGAGAGCACCACCCCUGUGGCCCCGCCCCCUAUUGAGGACGUCGAUGAGACGUGGGAGGAGAAAGAAGAUAAACUCGAUGCCGAAAACAUGAAACCGCAGAGUCCCACCCCGAUUUCACUUACCAAUCAGAAAUACCAGUAUAAAGAAGAUAAACUUGAUGCUGAAAACAUCAAACCGCAGAGUCCCGAGCCGAGUUCACCCACCGAACAGAAAUACCAAUAUAAAGAAGAGCAAUGGAAACCGCUGGACCCAGAGGAAAAGAAGAAAUACGACCGAGAGUUUCUGCUGGGCUUCCAGUUCAUCAGCGCCAGCAUGAACAAACCUGAAGGUCUGCCGCAGAUCUCCGACGUGGUGCUGGAUAAGGCCAAUAAAACUCCUCUGCGGCAGCUGGAUCCGAGUCGUUUGCCCGGAAUGAACUGUGGUCCAGAUUUCACGCCUUCGUUUGCUAAUCUGGGCCGUCCAUCAGGCGGGGGGCGUGGCCCGCCGUCCGGUCUGAGCGGUCCUCGUCGUUCAGGUCAGGGUCAGCGCGGGAAAGAGCCGAGGAAGAUCAUCGCCAGUGUUUCUCUCACUGAAGACAUUCAGCUGAAUAAAGCGGAGAAGGCCUGGAAGCCGACGGUGAAGCGCAGCGGUCGCCCCGAAGAGGACGAUCCUGAGUUCCUGAAGACGCAGGAGCUGUUCAAACGCGUGCGCAGCGUCUUAAACAAACUGACGCCGCAGAUGUUCCAGCCGCUGAUGAAGCAGGUGACCGAACUGAGCAUCGACACAGAGGAGCGUCUGAAGGGAGUCAUCGACCUCAUCUUCGAGAAGGCCAUCUCUGAGCCCAACUUCUCUGUGGCCUACGCUAACAUGUGCCGCUGCCUGAUGGGGCUGAAAGUCCCCACCUCAGAUAAACCCGAAGUGACGGUGAACUUCAGGAAGCUGCUGCUGAAUCGCUGUCAGAAAGAGUUUGAGAAGGACAAAGAUGACGAUGAAAUCUUUGAGAAGAAGCAGAAAGAGCUGGAUGCUGCCACAGUGGAAGAGGAGAAGCAGAGGUUGAAGGAGGAGCUCGAGGACGCCAAAGACAAAGCCCGGCGACGGUCGCUAGGUAACAUCAAGUUCAUCGGGGAGCUGUUCAAGCUGAAGAUGCUGACGGAGACCAUCAUGCACGACUGCAUCGUGAAGCUGCUGAAGAACCACGACGAGGAGAGUCUGGAGUGUCUGUGCCGCCUGCUGUCCACCAUCGGGAAAGACCUGGACUUCGAGAAGGCCAAGCCUCGAAUGGAUCAGUAUUUCAACCAGAUGGAUAAAAUUACUAAGGAGCGGAAAACCUCUUCCAGAAUUCGCUUCAUGCUGCAGGAUGUUAUUGAUUUACGACGGAGUAACUGGGUCCCUCGGCGAGGAGAUCUGGGGCCCAAGACCAUCGAGCAGAUCCACAAGGAGGCGGAGCUAGAGGAGCACCGAGAGCAGGUCAAAGUUCAGCAGCAGCUCCUGAAGAAGGACAGCCGCGGAGGAGGAGGAGGAGGAGGAGGAGGAGGGAUGGGGCCCCGGGGAGGCCCUCACACACCCGGUCCCCGAGGCAAUCAGGCCCCUGAUGACGGCUGGAACACGGUGCCCAUCUCCACCAAGAACAGACCCAUCGACCCGACGCGCCUCAGCAAGAUCACCAAGCCAGGUGCUCUGGACUUCAGUAAUCAGCUUCUUGCCCCCGGAGGUAAAGGCUCGUGGGGCAGUUGGGGCAAAGGCAGCAGCGGAGGCUCAGGAGCCAAACCCAGUGACAGCGCCCAGGACUCCGGUCGCACCAGCACUUUGAACCGAUUUUCAGCACUUCAGCAGCCUCCGUCUUCUUCCUCCUCUUCAUCAACAUCCGCCAACAUCGACUCUGACAGGAGGGUUCCUCAAAGGGGCAGCUCCAGUCGGGAACGCAGCGAUCGUUUCGAGCGGAUGGACAGGAACCGUCCCGCGGUCAGCAAGCGCAGCUUCAGCCGGGAGAAAGAGGAGAGGAGUCGAGAUCGAGAGCAGCGUCCGGCCGAGAUGCUGCGGCGUGUUUCCAGCAUGACAGACGAGAGAGAACGAGAGCGCAGCAGCCACGACAACGCAGUGAAGAGAGAAUCUGUUCCCACUCCUCCACCUGUUUCCUCCAAACCUGCGCUGACGGAGGAGGAGCUGGAGAAGAAGUCCACUGCCAUCAUCGAGGAGUAUCUGCACAUCAAUGACAUGAAGGAGGCGCUGCAGUGCGUGGGUGAGCUGAGCAGCUCGUCUCUGUCUGUGUUCGUUCGGACGGGAGUCGAGUCGACUCUGGAGCGCAGCACACUCGCCAGAGAACACAUGGGUUUACUGUUUCACCAGCUCGUCAAAACACACACACUGUCCACACAACAGUACUACAAAGGGCUGCUGGAGGUGCUGGAGGUGGCGGAGGACAUGGAGAUCGAUAUUCCUCACAUCUGGCUCUAUCUGGCUGAGCUCAUCACUCCCAUGAUGCACGAGGGAGGGAUUCCCAUGGGGCCGCUCUUCAGGGAGCUGUCUAAACCACUGGUGCCUCUUGGGAAGGCUGGAGUUCUGCUGGUGGAGAUGCUCAAGCUGCUCUGUAAAGCCAUGAGUCAGAAGAAGGUGGGAGCGAUGUGGAGAGACGCGGCGCUGAGCUGGAAAGACUUCCUCCCCGAAGACGAGGACCUCAAUAAAUUUGUCACUGAAAAGGGAGUGGAGUUCACUCUGGAUGAGGAGUGUGUGAGGAAGAGCAGUAAAGUGACUCUGAGUCCAGAAGAUAUUUCCAGAGAGCUGGAGCGACUCCUGCAGGAGAAAGCAGACAACCAGAGGAUCUUUGACUGGGUGGAGGCCAAUCUGGACGAGCAGCAGUCAUCAUCGAGCACGUUCGUCCGAGCGCUCAUGACCUCCGUCUGUCAGGCGGCCAUCAUCUGUGAGAAUCCAUAUAAAGUAGACACUAAAGAGAUUACCCAGAGGGCCAAGCUGCUGCAGCGCUACAUUAAAGACGAGCAGAAGGAGCUGCAGGCGCUCUACGCCUUACAGAGUCUGAUGGUGCAGAUGGAGCAGCCACCGAAUCUGCUGCGCAUGUUCUUUGACGUCUUAUACGACGAGGACAUCAUCAAAGAGGAGGGCUUUUACCGCUGGGAGUCCAGCAAAGACCCCGCGGAGCAGCAAGGCAAGGGCGUGGCCCUCAAGUCCGUCACCGCCUUCUUCACCUGGCUGCGCGAGGCCGAGGACGAAUCAGACAACAGCUAGAGCUUAGGCCACGCCCACCACUGAGAUGAUUGACAUGGAGGGAAAAAAAUAUAUAUUUCGAAGAUAAAAAGAGAGAGAAAGAGAGCAAAUGAAACAUUUGGGAGAUUUUCAACACCUUUUAUUUUCUGUUUUGUCUUUCCGUUUGCGCAAAAAAAAAAAAAAAAAAAAAAAAACGUUGACCUGAAAAAAAAUAAAGUAUUAGAGGAUGACAAGCCUUAUCUGCUCAGAAUUUUAGCCGUUAGCAUUGCAACUUCCCGUUUUCCUGCUCCCGCCGCCAGUGGAGACGGACGUCGAUGACAUCAUCACUUGUUUAUGAUGUCACUUCCUGGUAACAGAACGCUGCUCAGAGUUCUAUUUUUCGUUCCGAAACCCUUUAUAUAUAUUCGUGGGCGCUGAUGUGGUUUUGCGCAGAGCGGUCGAGUUGCUGUAACGAGGAAAAUUAGAUUUUGUCGUGUUUUUUUUUUUUUUUGUCGUUUUCUUUGAUUUGGGAUUUCGUUUAGUUCGAGUGGAGUGUUCCGAGCUCUUUUUUUCUAAAUAUUUUUAAUGACAGAAAACGAAUUCAAAAUGCAAAUCGCCUCUUUCGGAGCUGUGGUUUUCAGUGUGUGUUUGCGGCUCUGGACGACGCGAGACUUUGCUAGAGACGUUCAACUUUGACCUUUUUGCUGCUUCUGCCGGCCCGAGCCGACGUACGGUUCACAUCACACUUCACGGAGAAAAAUAAACGAGCCUUGAGGUGACGAGGAGACGUGCGCUUUCGCACGAAACAAAUCAUUAUAACGACUUGAAAAAUAUAUAUAGAGAAAUAAAUGUAAAAAGAAAAAAGAAAAAAAAAAUACAAAAAAGCUGGAGAAAGAGAGAGUACGAAUACUACAUGCCUUUGAGCUCCCUGAGAGCGACCUGUAAAUACAUGUUUGGUUUUGUUUUCCAAUAAUAAAAAUGCUAACUUUAAUGCCAUUUA